CGUGAAAUUGAAUGAACCGAUCCAGCUUCGUGGUUGAAGUUAGAUCUUGAACUCAUUGGUCUAGCAAUUAAAAUGUUUCUAUCCCUCGUCAUCGGAAACGGACACCGUCAUUUCAAAUAAAUACGGGGUCCAUGAUUAGAAGAUGAUCUAUGGAUGGGAGGUAAGAAGGUGAAAUCGGAGUGGCGUUAUGGGAUGCGAGCAUCACUUGCCACUUGAGACUGGAGGGGACGAGAGAGAGAGGGUCUUGUUCUCCAAACUAACUGAAAAGAGGAAGAAAAGAAACGAAAGGUCGCUGGAGAGGAGAGAAAGGCAGCUAACUGCGACGCUGAAGAAGCCUUUCCUCUAUCGCGCUCUUCCCAGCAAUCGCUUUCUCCUCUUCUUUUCUCUCUCGAAUUCAAACGCUUCGAGCAGCGAACAAACAGAGAAAGAGGCCUGAAGCCCCAUCUCUUUCUCCCCUUUUACCUUCUUUUUUUGGGAGGUGGGGAAAGGCGAAAGGAAGAUGGAGGGUUGAAUUUCAAGGUUUUGAUCCGAUAGACGGUUCAGAUUCGAAGGGGUUUCCGAGGAAAGCAGGCAGAAAUAUCGGAGUUAAAGUCGCGUUCUUCUGGUUCGGGAUGCAUCCAGGGGUUCUUGCCGGAAUCGGGAUUAAGAACAAGGAGACAAACAGGAAACAGGUGAUGCCUAUCGCUCAGCGAGAGAAGUAGUAAAAAGAAGAUGGUGAUCCAGUGCGCGAGAAGGAGAACAAGAAGAUGAGGACGACGGCUAUUACCUUCCUUCCGCUCUCUGUCCGCUGCAUUCUGCUGGUCGUCGCAGUCAUGCGGUUCGCUGUGGCGGAGGAGACUGCGCCGCCGUCUGUUUCUCCGUCGCGGCCCUCUCCAACAUCACUGCCUCCGCCCGUCGUCCAGUCGAACUUCUCUCCCUUCCGCCCAAGCAUCGCGGUGAUCAUCGGCGUCCUCACGACUAUCUUCUCUGUGACAUUUCUGAUCCUUCUGUACGCGAAGCAUUGCAAGCGGAGUGCUGGGAUCGCCCGCGCCGGGCAUCCGAGCUACGCCUAUGGCGGUGCUCCCUCCUCGUACCGCCGGAACUCUGGCGUCGACAGAAAGGUGAUCGACUCGCUCCCUGUGUUCCGGUUCGCGUCUCUCCGGGGGCCCAAGGACGGGCUUGAGUGCGCCGUCUGCCUAAACCGGUUCGAGCCGGCGGAGAUCCUCCGUCUACUUCCGAAGUGCAAGCACGCGUUCCACGUCGAGUGCGUCGAUACGUGGCUCGAAUCGCACUCCACAUGCCCGCUCUGCCGAUACCGAGUCGACCCGGAGGACGUCCUCCUCAUCAUCGAAGAAGUCCUCGAGCCAGCAGCCGUUCCUCCUCCCCCUCCUCUUCAUCCUCCUCCGAAACAAGAGGUCGACAUCCCCGCCGCCACCGCGCGUGUCUCCGGUCGGCAUUCCUCCGCCGGAGAGAAGUCUACUCGUUCGCACAUCGUUUCAACAGCUGGUUCCUCAUCUCUUUCGCGCGUCUCAGCUGACGGCGGCGUCGGCCGGAAGCGGAUCGUCGAUGCUGUGAGGAGCGUCGGGUGCUUCGAUCGCGGAGGCGGAGCCAUCCGCAAGGACGUGCUCCUCCUCCCCGACGCGGCGGCCUCGGACCGCGAGAGCUUCGAGAGGCGUCUCAGCCACAGGAUCAUCGUCUCCGACUCUUCGGCCCUCGAGGGUCAAAGGAGUGGCAUGAAGCCGUCCGACCUGCUCUUCCUUCGAUCGGAGAUGAUUAUUGACAGCGGCCGGUAUAGCUUCGGUCCGGCCGAUCCGAGUCGAAUAUCUGUCGUAUCAUCGACGGAAAGGCAUCCGGUCCCGGAGGUACGCCUGGACAUUGCGAACGACGUGGUUUCGUCUCGAAACAGCGGCCGACGCAGCGUCAGCCCAUCCGAACUGACUAGAGAACCCGCCGAAUCGGCGGCGGGGGAGCUUCCGAUUCCGGAGGUCGACUUGGAGGUUGUAAAUGACUCUAUUUCGGGUGCGGGCGGUGGCCAAUACCGAUUCGGUCCAUCCGAACCCUGUCCAGGUCCCGAGAAUCUCGUGUCUGCGCCGGAGGGGCGGCAAUCGCCGGAGGCGCGGCUGAAGGUUGCGGUUCCGAAUCGAUUCCUUGACAAAUCGGGCCUGAUUAACAGCCCCAACCCACGGUCAGUGUCUGAGAUCACGGGGUUAGCAAGGUUAUUGGGGCGGCCUUCCGGGGAGAACAAGUGGCAUAACAGGUUCAGCAUCUCGUGAUCCUCGGACCUUCAAGACGGGUCGACCUUUUAUCUGAGCCGAGAAGCUCAUCGGGACCCGGCGGAAGAAGCUCUGUGCUGACGGAGAUCGGACGGCUGAGAAUCGCGGGAGACUCCAUAUCCGUGGUUCUGAGAGCAGCGAAGGGCUGAUGAGUCGGAAUUCGGGUCGGAGCACGAAGCAAGGGAAACGUGAGCGGUGCAAUUUUCUGCGUGCGCGGGGAUCCUGCAAACCUGCAGAGAGAGAGUGGGGGUGGGUGACGUGGAAUAUUUAAUUAUUCGGGGAUUUCUUUUUUUCUUUUAAAAGGAGAAAGGGCAAGAGAAGAUGGUGGGGGGGCGUGGGAUAGGGCGUCGUGAAGCGCCCUGCAUGUCGGGAUCCGGGCCCACCGACGAAGUUUGUCCUGUAUGCGAUCAUGUACGUGAAGUGGUGUCGACGGGUCCCGGAAACCUUUCUAUUUUAAAAUUGAUUUUUAUAAUAUUUUUGUGCGCCUUCCUGUUUU